CGGGGGGAGGGCCUGCGCGCUGGGGGCUGCGGGCUCACUGGCUGCAGCGAGAUUGGAACCUCCUUCCUCCACGCUCUCCCCGCCUCACCCAGACACACCCCCUUCAAACCCCACCCCUAGGCGCCUCUGGCCUCUCUAGGUUGGGCUGCUCCAGGAAGUUUCCAUGAAAGCACCUGCAAUACUGUUACCUUUUCCAGGUGAGCUCAAGAAAGCCCGGCGCCCACUCUGGUGAGUUGCUGCUGAGAACUCUGGGAUCCGCAGGGAGGGAGAAGGGAAGUGACUUGGGAAGCCCUUUGGACCUGUUGGCGUGGCUGUCUUCCUCAUGGCUUUUCCCAGCCGCUCCAGCAGAGACUGCUCCAAUAUCAUCGAUCACAGCCAUGUUCCCGAAUUUGAGGUGGCCACCGGGAUCAAAAUCACCCUCAGCCUGGUGUACCUGAGCAUCUUCGUGGUGGGCAUCCUGGGGAACAGCGUCACCAUUCGGGUCACCCAGGUGCUACAGAAGAAAGGCUACCUGCAGAAGGAGGUGACAGAUCACAUGGUGAGCCUGGCUUGCUCGGACAUCCUGGUCUUCCUUGUUGGCAUGCCCGUGGAGUUCUACAGCAUCAUCUGGAACCCCCUGACCACGCCCAGCUACACCAUGUCCUGUAAGCUGCACACUUUCCUCUUCGAGACCUGCAGCUACGCCACGCUGCUGCACGUGCUGACGCUCAGCUUCGAGCGCUAUAUAGCCAUCUGCCACCCCUUCAGAUAUAAGGCUGUGGCUGGGCCCUUCCAAGUGAAGCUACUGAUUGGCUUCGUCUGGGUCACCUCCGCCCUGGUGGCACUGCCUUUGCUUUUCGCCAUGGGAGUCGAGUACCCCUUGGUGACCGUGCCCAGUCACCGGGGGCUAAUUUGCAACUUCUCCCGCACCCGCCACCAUGAGCUGCCGGAGGAGAGUUUCAACAUGUCUAUCUGUACCAGCCUCUCCAGCCGCUGGAUCGUGUUCCAGUCCAGCAUUUUCGGUGCCUUCGUCAUCUAUCUUGUGGUCCUGGUCUCCGUGGCCUUCAUGUGCUGGAACAUGAUGCAAGUGCUGGGAAGGAGUAAGCAGGGCACGCUGGCAGCCUCGGGGCAGCAGCUGCAGCUGAGGAAGUCGGAGAGCGAGGAGAGCAGGACCGCCAGGGGGCAGACCAUCAUCUUCCUGAGGCUGAUUGUUGUGAUGCUGGCCGUCUGCUGGAUGCCUAACCAGGUUCGGAGGAUCAUGGCUGCAGCCAAACCCAAGCACGACUGGACCAAGUCCUACUUCCGGGCGUACAUGAUCCUCCUCCCCUUCGCGGACACCUUCUUUUACCUGAGCUCGGUGGUCAACCCGCUGCUGUACAACGUGUCCUCGCAGCAGUUCCGCAAGGUGUUCCGGCAGGUGCUGUGCUGCCGCCUGGCGCUGCCGCACGCCAACCAGGAGAAGCACCUGCGCUCCGGCACGGCCUCGGCCGUGGACGGCGCCCGCUCCACGCGGCGCCCGCUCAUCUUCCUGGCCUCCCGGCGCGGUUCCUCUGCAAGGAGCACUAACAGGGUUUUCUUAAGUACUUUUCAGAACCAAGCCAAGUCCGAGCCCGAGCCUCAGGCAGUGAGCCAGGAGUCCCUAGAAUCCAACUCAGCGGCUAAACCAGCCAGCCCCGCCAUGGAGAAUGGUUUUCAGGAGCAUGAGUUGUGACUAUCAAGGAGGGAGGCCUGGAGUGCUAACCACCCGCCCUCCCGAAGUGAAAGCAGCGUUACCCUCACGCAGUAGUGACCAAAGAAGCUGUGCCCCCACCAGGGACAGGAGUGGAAGCCAGGGGCCUGGGCCAAGUCAGAUGCCCACUUGAGGGCUGGUUCUGCCAGCCUGGCCUCGACUCUGGGGACAGACAGGGCCGACUUUCACUCCCCUUCCUUCAAGGACAUACUGUAAAUUCAGUCAGCCUGGACUGAUUCAGUGCUCACAAAAAUUUGUUCACAUUCAGAUCUUUCAUUAUUUGCAAAGGAACUAAACGAAAGAACACAGAUUCCCCUCCCUACCCGGAAUUGAAGGACAUCCAGAAGAAUCUCGGGGAGCAGGGGGGUGGCAGGCCAGAAGAACACUGCAGGGGAGGCCGGCAUCUCCUUUGGCUUCAGCAAUGUGCCAAGAACAGGGCUAACAUGAGGAGCAGGAUGGUGCUGGGGAGCCCCGGCCGCAGGGCUGAGGUGGAGCUGCUCCUUUUCUUGGGCCGGGGCCCGUUGCAAAGAGGGGUGUUGCAGCAGCUGAUGCACACCGAGUUCAGUUUCCCUGGGGAGCAGAAGGACUGGUACCCAGCAGAGGCGAUGAGGCAGGCGGCGGAGGAUGCACAUGACUUGCGGUACAUGAUCCCUGUAACACAAACCCGAAGGAGCUGGGUUAACCGGCCUGUGCUGGCCAAGAGGAUGGCCUCGGUCUGAGCCCAAAUUCCCGUGGACAGCA